AAAGGAGCUUCACCUACAGAGCUGCCAGAGUGCUAGAUCUUUUCCGGUGGGCUUCCUAAAGAAUCAUCAGAGCUUUAACUUCCAAAAUUGGGACUGGAUUUAAAUUUGACAACAAAAGAGGUUGACUGAAAGAACCAUGGGGAUCAGAGAGGUGCUUGGUCUGCAAAAAAGGCAAGUCCUGGUUUUCGUUGUUUUUCUGGGAUUAUCUCAGGUGGGUACCGAAUCUGCACGCUAUUUUGUAGCAGAGGAAACAGAAGUUGGCUCUUUUGUGGCGAAUCUGGCAAGAGACCUGGGGUUAGGGGUGGAGGAGCUGUCCUCACGGGAGGCCAGGGUGGUGUCUGAUGAUAAUGAAAAGCAUUUGCACCUUGAUUUGCUGACUGGAGAUUUGCUCUUAAAUGAGAAAUUGGAUAGAGAAGAGCUCUGCGGAUCCACAGAGCCCUGUGUGCUGCCUUUCCAGGUGUUAUUAAAAAACCCUUUGCAGUUCUUUCGGGCUGAGCUGCACAUCAAAGAUAUAAAUGAUCAUUCGCCUACAUUCUUAGACAAGGAAAUAAUUUUGAAAAUAUCAGAAAGUACUACUAUUGGAGCAAGAUUUCUAAUGGAAAGAGCUCAAGAUCUGGACAUAGGAAGCAAUAGUCUCCAAAACUACACUAUUAGCCCCAAUUCUCAUUUCUACAUUAAAAUUCAAGACAGUGGUGAUGGAAAGAUAUACCCAGAACUGGUUCUAGAUAGAGCAUUAGAUCAUGAAGAGGAAUCAGAGCUUAGAUUGACACUCACAGCACUGGAUGGGGGAUCUCCACCCAGAUCAGGGACAACUUUGGUUCUCAUCAAGGUCCUGGACAUCAAUGAUAAUGCUCCUCAGUUUGCCCAGCGACUGUAUGAGGUGCAGGUCCCAGAGGACACACCUAUUGGCUCCUGGAUUAUCACCAUCUUUGCUAACGAUUUGGAUGCAGGAAAUUAUGGGAAAAUAUCUUACACAUUUUUCCAUGCAUCAGAAGAUAUUCGUAAAGCCUUUGAAAUGAAUCCACAAUCUGGGGAAGUUCACUUGAAAUCACAGCUAGAUUUUGAAAUAAUUCAGUCCUACAAAAUAACUAUUCAGGCAAUCGAUGGUGGGGGACUUUCGGAAAAAUGCACUCUUUUAGUUAAAAUAUUAGAUAUAAAUGACAACCCACCGGAAAUAACCAUGUCUUCAGUCACAAACAGUAUUCAAGAAAAUGAACCGGAGACUCUUGUGGCUGUUUUUAGUGUCCGAGACCAAGAUGCUGGCGACAAUGGGAGAAUGGUUUGCUCUCUUCAAGAGGACCUCCCCUUUGUCCUGAAACACACCUACAAGAAUUUCUUCUCCUUGGUUACUGAAAAACCACUAGAUCGAGAGUUGAGAGCUGAAUACAACAUCAUGAUCACCAUCAUGGACUUAGGAAUACCCAGACUGAAAACGGAGCACAACAUAAGCGUGCAGGUGUCCGACGUGAACGACAACGCCCCGGCCUUCACGCACACCUCCUACACCCUGCGGGUGCGCGAGAACAACGGUCCCGGCCUGCACAUAGGCAGCGUGAGCGCCACAGACAGGGACGCGGGCACCAACGCCCAGCUCACCUACUCGCUGCUGCCGCCCCCAGAGCCGCACCUGGCCCUCGCCUCGCUCGUGGCCAUCGACGCGGACAGCGGGCAGCUGUUCGCCCUGAGGCCGCUGGACUACGAGGCCCUGCAGGCCUUGGAGUUCCGCGUGGGCGCCGCCGACCGCGGCUCGCCCGCGCUCAGCAGCCAGGCGCUCGUGCGCCUGCUGGUGCUGGACGCCAAUGACAACUCGCCCUUCGUGCUGUACCCGAUGCAGAACGCCUCUGCGCCCUGCACCGAGCUGCUGCCCAGGGCGGCCGAGCCGGGGUACCUGCUCACCAAGGUGGUGGCGGUGGACGGCGACUCGGGCCAGAACGCAUGGCUGUCCUACCAGCUGCUCAAGGCCACGGAGCCCGGGCUCUUCAGCGUGUGGCCGCACAAUGGCGAGGUGCGCACCGCCAGGCUGCUGAGCGAGCGCGACGCGCCCAAGCACAGGCUGCUGGUGCUGGUCAGGGACAAUGGCGAGCCGCCGCUGUCUGCCAGCGUCACGCUGCACGUGCUGCUGGUGGAUGGCUUCUCCCAGCCCUACCUGCCGCUGCCGGAAGCGGCGGCCGAACAGGGGCAGGGCGACGCGCUCACCUUGCACCUGGUGGUGGCCUUGGCGUCGGUGUCGUCGCUCUUCCUCUUGUGUGUGCUGGUGUUCGUGGCGGUGCGGCUGUGCAUGAGGAGCAGGGCGGCCUCUCUGUCUGGCUGUGCUGUGCCAGAGGAUCACUUUCCGGGCCACCUGGUGGACGUCAGCGGUGCGGGGACCCUGUCCCACAGCUACCAGUAUGAGGUGUGUCUGAUGGGAGGUACUGGGACAAAUGAGUUCAAAUUCCUGAAGCCGAUUAUCCCCAGUCUGUCACCCCAGUGUCCAGGGAAAGAAAUAGAGGAAACUCCUAACAUACGAAAUAGUUUGGGGUUCAAUAUUCAGUGA